AUGUCGGGCGAAGAUUCAGAUAUUGACAACCUAUUAGAUACUCUGUCGCCAGAGGAGGUCGAGGAACUUGAAAAGGAGCUUACUGUUAUAGACCCAGACCCCAACAUACCCGUGGGUCUCCGACAGAGGAACCAGACUGAGAAAGUGCCGUCAAGGGGAUAUAAUAGAGAAGCUCUGCUUGACUACUGUGAACGGGAGACGAAGAAACUCAUUCGGAGGGAACUUUCGUCUGAGGGGGAAUCUAAAGGUGAUGGUAAGAGGCAGGGUCGCCUCAGGAGAAUGGGUCGCAGUCGAGACAAGAGUUUCUCUCGGUCAAACAGUUGCGAGAACCCAGACAAGAGUGACCAGGAUGAAGAGAUCGAAAAGGAUGAAAGUCUGUCUCAGAUGAAAGAAGACAAACCAGAUGACAAAGACAGCAAGGAGGGAGAGCUUAAAAAAGACAAUGACCAGAGAAGCUUUUCUGACAGGUUUAAAAGAUCAAAGAGUAGGGGGGAUGAGAGGGAGCAUGAUGAAGAUGGGGAAGAAAACCUUGAGAGAGACAUGGUGAAACAGAAGGAAGAGCAAGAAGAAAGGCCCAAAAAGGAGAUAGGUGGCAGCAAGACAUCAGAGCUCAUCUCCAAGUUACAAGAAAAAAAGGAGGAUAAGAGAGAAACAGAAAGAAGGGAAGAAAAGAGGGAAGACUCAAGAACAAAGGGACUGAUAUCAAAGUUGCAGGGACAGACAGAGAAAGAGUUCAGUAAGGACAAAGACAGAAAAGAUUCUUCAAAGAAAAUGGCAGAGAGCACAACAAAAUCCUUGGUCUCUAAACUUGAAGAGUAUAAGAGCCAAAUUGAGCGUGGCAAAGUUGAAGAGAGGAAGAGCUUGAUAAAGGACAAACAAGUGGAAGAGCCACAAAGUCGUUCCAGGAAUAACAAGAAGGAAGAUUUGAAUGUGUCUGGUCAAGGGUCAAAGAACUCUGAAGGUGGAAAGACCCCCUCUCAGAAAGAGUUAACUGGAACAGAGAAGGAAAAAGACAAGAAUAAUGUCAGGAGUGCUGAGAAGACCCCCAGCAGACUUACCAAAUCCAAGAGUGAGAUCAUGGAAGACUUGGAUCCCAGGGAUGACGAGUCUGUCCAAUCUGAUGAUGAGGAGGAAGAAGAUGAAGAAGAAGAUGAUUAUGAUGACGAAGAUGAGGAUUUGGACAGCGACACAGGUUCUAGUAUGUUUGAUGACCUCUUAGAGCAAGUCCGUAAUGAUGAUCCUGACCUGACAGAGGUUAAUGUCAAUAAUUCUGAUGCCAUCAAAACUGACACUCUCAUCCAAAUUGCUGAAGGCCUACGUGCCAAUACUCAUGUCAAGACUUUUGCCCUUGCCAAUACACGAGCCGAUGAUCAUGUGGCCUUUGCCAUCGCUAGCACUUUAAGAAACAACACGUCACUCACAGGAAUCAAUUUAGACUCCAACCAUCUGACGGGCAAGGGUAUCAUUGCAAUAAUCAACUCCUUAGAGCGCAAUGCUACUCUAACUGAACUUCGCUUUCACAACCAGCGCCACAUUUGUGGGGGCAAAACUGAGAUGGAGAUGGCCAAAGUUCUGAGGGACAACACCUCGCUGUUGAAGCUGGGCUACCAUUUCGAGUUAGCUGGACCAAGGAUGACCAUGACCAACAUUCUGAGUCGGAACAUGGACCGACAGAGGCAGCGACGCCUGCAGGAGCAGAGACAAGCUCAGCAGCAAACUCAGCCAGCCCAGCCUAGCCAACCAUCUAAUGAAGACAAGAAGAAUCUAGCAAAACCUUCUAAGCAGAAACCAACCCAGCAGGCCAGUCACAUGGACAAAAAAGACACUCCAGCAAGUAGAUUCCCCAAAGCAAGAGGAACCCAGUCAAGUAUUAGCCAAAAGGCAUCUUCAUUUGAAAAGUCCUCAGCAGGCUCUGCUUCAAAGGUGAUAGAUAAGAAAGAAAGACUGGGCAAAUUAAGUCCAGGCGCUCCCCCACCCCCACCUCCCGUUGCUCCUGCACUAGAUGUGCUCUCACUGCGAAAGUCUCUCAUGCCUGUCUCUCAGAGAAAACAAGAUGACCGUACAGCGGGGCGUGGUGGAGAGAGGAGUUCUAGAGACCAGCUGCUGGCGUCCAUUAGGGGCAAUAACUUGAAAACUCUUAAAAAGGUUGAAGUUCCAAAGCUUCUGCGAUAA